AAAACACAGGCCAGUUUUGCAGAUUUGUUUGACGCCAUUUCCGGUGUGUCCUUAGGUAACAUGGAAUGUUCGUCGUCUUCACCUGGUAUUUCGCUUUAAAUUUACCGACAUUUUUCGAACUCUUUUAUGCACAUUUGUGCAAACUGGCAUUCGAUAUUAUUGUUCUGGGAAAAAAACGGAGCCUGUGAGUUUUGUACUUGGUUAAACAGAUCGGAGCGUACAUGCACAGAAAACAACAAUCAGCAAAGUCGUCCUCUUGGCUUCCAUUGUCGCUUCGGUGUUCAAGCAUUUGCGAAAACAGUAACUCGAUUCGCAAUUUAGAUUACUGGAAAACUGGUUGAUUAACCAAAUAAGUGAUGUGUUGGGUGACUAGUUACCUAUUCAGAUAGUUGGCUUGCUAGCUAGCGUAUAAGCAUUGUUCUAUCCAGUGUUAGCUAGUUUGUCCCCGUUUGCCUGUCAUUUUCUGGGGAAAAUCAAUGAAAUUGCAUUGCUGGCAUGCUCGGUAUUGUGGAAUGCAUAUUAUGAGGUUAGUUAACAUUGCCGUCAAAUGUAUGUGCGGUGUGUUGUAAAUUGAACAAGAAACAUUUAGCGAGUAGUCUAUUCCCGAUAGCAUUAGCAAGCCAGGUAGCUAGCUUAGCUAGUAAACUUGUAUUCACUAGCAAGCGCUUGCUGUAUGUGUUCCAUAGAAUAGCGUUAGCCAGCUAUCCUCAUUGUUUUGCUAAAUGCGUGGUCGUCAAUUCAUUUGAUAGAUAGCUGGCAGUUUACAGUACAUAUUUUAGAAUUUUUCACCGAAUAAACGAAACCGCUGGAUGACCAAAAAUGUUUCGAUACUUAAGUGACGUGGACGACAGCCCGUAUAUGAUGGAUCCAUUCUCGGCUCAUCGGCAGCAAAUGCGAAGUAUGUUUGGGUCAUUCGGCUUUGAACCGUUUCCCUUCGCCCCUCAGAUACAGCCGCCACGGAACCCCCAUAUUCAGGCGGGAGCCAUAGCCCCCUUUGGAAUGAUGGGAAUGGGAGGCGAGGGCUUCAUGGACAUGUUUGGAAUGAUGAGAGGGAUGAUGGAGAACAUGGAGCCAAUGUCUGGCUCCCCCGCCUGUCAGACGUACUCUUCCUCCACGGUCAUCUCCUACUCCUCCUCUGGGUCUGGCACCCCCAGAGUCUAUCAGCAGAGCAGCUCCACCAGGACCGCCCCCGGAGGGAUAAGGGAAACACGGCAGGCGAUGCGGGACAGCGAGAGCGGCCUUGAGCGCAUGUCCAUCGGGCACCACAUCCGGGAGCGAGCCCACGUGAUGGAGAGGUCCCGCAACCACAGGACAGGCGACCGCGAGGAGAGGCAGGACUUCAUCAACCUGGAAGAGAGUGAGGCCGCAGCCUUUGACGACGAGUGGAGGAGGGAGGCGGGGAGAUACCCCCCUCCGAAUGCCCGGGGGUUGGACUAUGGCCGAGACAGAAGGGCGGCAGCGGGCGGGCAGCAGCUGGCCCUCACCGGCCCCACCGGCUCCUCCUCCCCACCCGCCCCUCACCACGACUCCCCGAGGCACCGCCCACCCCCGUCUCGCCCACGCUACGAUUGGUGAGCGAGAGGUGAGACCGAGGAACAGGAACAGAGGAACUAAUCGGUUAAAACAACAACAAAAAAAAAUGGAGUACAAUGACAGCACAGUAACAGUACUAUUGCAUUGUAUGGUGAGUCUGCCUCAAUUGCAGCAAACAUCCUGAGAUGAAUUAAGAGGUCAUUAAUUGUCAGACAUGUUGAGCUACUGCAUUGGUCUCUGCAAUCCUCGCCAGUGCAUUAAAGCUUUUUUUGUAUCAAACAUCUAAUGAUUGACAGCAGCCCCCUCUCGAUUGCAAGUAGAAUGCAGUUAUAAUAUUGUGCUUGUGGAUGGCAUUGCAGCAUAUAGUUCAUAAUGUUUGAAAAUCUCAGCAACCCAGCUCAUAUAGACAGACAGGUUUUUUGCGGAAUCAAAAAUCAAGAGAGUGUGUUUUGGUUUGGAGAUUUGGUCCAUUUUGAUUAUUAGGUCUGUCGUCUGCUUGUUUCCGAAUACAUAUUUAAUGUCUUUAAGGAACUUUAAAUGAAACUUCUUGCUUAUGGUAUUUAAAGGUAAAAUUGUUGGGUGAAGAGGCGAGUAAUAGAGUAACCGGGUUGCACUUUUAAAAACGGCGCAUUUGUGAUACUGUUGGAUGGGAACACAUGAGAGCUCUGUUUAAGCCUACCUCAGUGAUGACUAAAUUCUGAUUAAUGGUGUCAUCAAUCCAUUCCAUGGCAUUUCUGUAAGGAAUCGAGACUUUGAAGAUGUGUUAAUACUUCUGAUGUGAAUUUAGCUAUGCAGUAAUUGAACCUUUCAGUCGAAUAUGGGUUUGCUUUUAAUUGCGCAUCUUGAACAAUGCCUCUCAUCUUCGCUUUGCAAAAUUCUAUUUCAUUAAUGUGAGACACUUGCAGUGGGCGGCUGAGGAUAUAAUGAAGAAAUGGAUUUUUCCCAUUACCUGUAUUAUAAGUUGACAUAUUUUUGUGAAAAUUGCUAGGUGCAGUGAGUUUUUUUUAAAACCCAGUAUGUGUUAAAAUGAGUCAACAGAAUGGCAAGAAAAACUGGUUUUCCAGUGUGUAGUGCAUGCAGUUUCACAAGCAGGACAUGCAUUUGAGCAAGAAGCCAGCUUUCAGCCACCGGUCUUGGCUCUGUUAGCAUAUUUGGUUACUGUUCUUCAGAAUAGCCACAUUUACAGCACAAGUACAUUUUCAGUUAAUUUUGAAGGAUGGCAAGCCUGGCUUGUGUGUACCUGUGCAACCAAUGGGAACGUGGCGUUGCUUGCUCUGCAGGUCUCGAUGCUCUUGCAUUUGCCUGAUCUAGUUUGAAGCUACCUUUAAAUAGACUAGCGGGAUUUGCUGCAAUUGAACCAGAUCACACUUGGCACACACCUAUUUUUGAUGGAGCCCUCAUUUAGUCCUUAUAAAUAUGUAUUCCUCGUGCCCAGGGCAAUUUUGUUUUUCUUUUCAACACAAUGUUUUUUUUUUUCCAGAUUUAAUAAGAUAUUCUUACAUAUGUGGGAUGCCCAGGCCAAUGUAGUGCUGAGAAUGUGUAACGAUUUAAAUGUUCCCCCGUGUUUAAACUUGUAAUGUUUGGUCCUAGUCCGUUAACUCCACCUCGGUCAUUAGUUUCAAACCCCUCCCCCCCGCCUCACAGGAUAGAUAAUGUGUAAAGGCUAUUGCAUUGAUGCUGUGAAAACAGGAUGAUGAGGGACAGAAGGGGAGAAUAAGUGAUCAUUGAAGAUGUCUGCUAUAAUGGAACUGUACAAUCUACAUGCCUCAGAACUUUCAAUGUAAACAUUAUGCAACAUCACACGUUAUCUCUCACUCACACAUGCGCACACACACACACACACACAUAUCACACCCGCUCACAUGCGCAGACACUCACACUCACACAGACAGACACACACACACACACACAAAAUGCGCAACAUGCUGCUAAAACAGUAUUAUAUAACACAUUUUUUCCAAAUCCGUUGGUGUAGACACUGAGGUCUCUGCGUGGGUUGAAUUGUACACUGUAGACUAAUUACGAAACUUAAUAUUCAUAAAUAAACAUUGUUAAAUAAUUGGA